AUGUCGUCCUCCGGCCCGGAUACAGAGCUGGCAUACCCAGAUUGCACGUUCCACACCGAAGUUCUACCCUGCGAAUCACAUUCGAGUGUGUCAUUUCAGGAGGCUGGUCCUUCGCGCUACACCGCCAAUGCGGAGCCAUAUACAAAAGCCAAACCUGUCAUCUCUUCACCAGUCACCCGUAACAGUCUCGACAAGGCUGCAUCACACCUUCGCGCCAGUCAACUCGUCGCAUUCCCUUCAGAAACGGUCUAUGGUCUCGGCGCAAACGCUCUGUCGCAGUCAGCAGCGUCCAAGAUCUACGCUGCCAAGAAGCGUCCUGCGGACAAUCCGCUCAUCGUGCACGUUUCCGAUCUCGAGAUGCUCGACACGUUGCUACCGCAGAGCUACACAAUGAGCCAAGCUUACAGCGACUUGAUCAAGGCUUUCUGGCCUGGAGCGUUGACGUUGCUGUUUCCGGUAGACACUCAACGGCCAGCCGUGCCCACAGUGGUCACGUGCGGACAUCCGAGCGUAGCAGUGAGGAUGCCGUCACAUCCGAUAGCACGUGCAUUGAUUGCGAUUUCGGGUCUUCCCAUGGCCGGACCAAGUGCAAACGCCUCGGGUCGACCGUCACCGACAACAGCGGGACAUGUGUUGCGCGAUUUGGGAGGUCAGCUCGACGCCGAAUCAUCUUCGGCCGAUGCGAGUCAAGCACCUAAAGGAAGGUUGAGGUACAUUUUAGAUGGCGGAGCUUGCCAGGUGGGCGUCGAGAGUACAGUCAUCGAUGGCAUAACGGCAGCCGACGAGGUUCGUGUACUUAGACCUGGCGGUGUAACGGUCGAACAGAUUGCUUCGGUGCUCGACAAGGCCGGAUUGGCGAACAAGGUCAAGCUCAGAGUGUACGGCAAGGACAUGGAGCGAAGUGUUGAACAAGAGAGCAACCCGACCACUCCAGGUAUGAAGUACAGACAUUACAGCCCCACCGCUCGCGUUGUCCUGCUUCUUCCCGCCAACCUUUUUGCUCGAGCGGCCCAAUCUUCUGGAAGCAACAACACUAGCGGCUCACGAUCUCAACCAGAUUCCUCGUCAUCAACCAAAGUCGUCGAGACGCUUCUCAACGUCGAGUCAAAUCUCUCGAUCGCGCCUCGAUCCUUUGCGGAUAUUGUCCGAGAUCAGAUCACCAACCACCUCUCAUCUGCACAACCCCGAUCGACGCUUCACAUUGGACUCAUGAUAUCCUGCGACUCUGCCCUCUCCCGGCUCGUCACAACUGCUUCGCACGCCACCGACGCCCCGACAUCCGAUAUGCACCCACACCUGCUUCGUCCGCUCGCACUGGAACAGCUUGAAAACGUUCGUGUGCAUCCCUUCGAUCUCGGCCCUAGUGGCUCAGCCGAGGUCUACGCUCAACGCAUGUUUGACGGACUUCGAACGCUCGACGAGGGCCCAUUGCAUGGGGCUGACAGGUGCGACUUGAUUUUUGUAGAGGCAAUGGACGACGCUGGUGUAGGGUUGGCGGUGAUGAACCGUUUGAAAAAGGCUGCUAGUGCAACAGUUGUUCUGGAUUGCUAG